AUGAGAAUAGCACCAGAGAUUCCAGAACCCGUGCCAGCUGACUAUCUACCACAUCACGGGGUACUGAGAGAGGAGGCCAUCACAACGAAGCUGAGAGUCGUAUUCAAUGGCUCCAGCCACAGUUCAUCAGGUAUGUCAAAUAACGAUAUACUGUAUUCUGGUGAAAAGUUACAGAACGAUGCCAUGGUUAUCCUGACUUGGAUAAGGAGGCACAGUCUCGUGUUUGGCACGGAUAUUGUCAAGAUGUUACGCCAGAUACGAGUUCACCAAGAUGACUGGAAUCUUCAGAGAAUCCUGUGGAUCGACGAGAAUCAACAACCAUUGUCGUUACGUGUUCUUCAACAACUAGCAGAAGAUGAAGGGCACCGCUUCCAAGCAGCAGUAGAGACACUCACCAGAGGUCGUUACGUUGACGACAUUUACGGCGGUGCAGAAACAGAAGACGGUCUCAAGGAGAUCGCAACGCAACUACAAGGGCUUUGCCAUGCAGGAGGCUUCUCUCUACAGAAGUGGAGCAGGAAUUGUCCAGAAGCUCUGCAUGAGUUGGGCCUAUCAACUGACGAAGAAAUUAUCCAGUUCGAGGAGUCAGUCACCAAGGUACUUGGAUUGUGUUGGCAUCAAUCCACCGACACAUUCCGGUACAAAUCAAAGGAUUUCAAUACGACGACAAUCACCAAGAGAGUGGUCUUUUCAGAAAUAGCCCAGAUUUUUGAUCCACUGGGAUUUAUCGCACCAGUUGUCGUCCAGGGAAAGAUUCUCCUACAAGAUCUUUGGAGAUUGAAACUAAAAUGGGAUGAUCCUCUUCCAGAUGAGUAUGUUCAACGCUGGAAGACAUUCCGAGAGAAUCUCAACGACCUAGACAGAGUAACUGUACCUAGAUGGCUGAGAAUUUCAACAGAGACACUCAACAUCCAAAUUCAUGGAUUUGCAGACGCUUCAACGGUAGUCAUGAGUGCAGUGGUGUAUAUUCGCACCAAAACCAUCAACGACUCGACAUCAACAGUACUGGCAUGCGCGAAGACUAAGGUAGCACCACUCAAGCGCAUCACCAUCCUUCGUCUAGAGCUUACAGCAACUCUUCUACUGACUCAGCUAGUGGCAUCAACGAAGAAAAUGCUCCAACUCGACUAA